AUGCAGAGUAUUCAUGCUCCAAACACGUUAUCCAAUGCAGCGCGGUUUCUCAAUUCUGUGUGUCCCGGGUACACUGAGCUUGAAGAGAACUUUCAUUACUCGCUAGAGGACAAAUCUGUUCCACUUUCAACAAAAGAAAUUGGUUGGCCAAUAUCAAAUAGGCAAAAUGGGCAGAAUGGACAGAAUGGACAGUCUAUUAAUCCGCACUCAAAAUUGGUGCUAGAGAAAGAAUACUUGAAUAUAAGUCGGCCGCCACUAGGUCAAUUGGAGUCUACUACUUAUGUUUCCCUACCGCUUCAUCUAGUUACCGAGUUUAAGAAAAUGGUAAACACCUGCGAGAGGGCACAAGAGGGAAACAUGUAUAUUGGAGCAAAUGUGAAUCCUCUCACUCCUGAUCCCUUUCGAAAUAUAAACCUCAAUCCUGGAGCUAUAUCCACCAUCAUUGAAACAAAGACCGAGUUUCAAUCAAGAAACCCUUUCAAGAAAGCCAAUACCACCACCACAAAUAUAGAGGGAUACAAAGAUCUCACAAAUAUAGAGGGAUACAAAGAUCUCACGAAUAUAGAGGGAUACAAAGAUCUCACGAAUAUAGAGGGAUACAAGGAUCUCACAAAAUGUCUGGAUAUCACAAUUUUGGCUUGGAACAACAAAUUUUCGUCUUGUGGGAAGUUGCUCGUGUCAUCGCAUGUCAAUGUGUUAAACAUUUUUGGUUUGGACGAAACCUCAAACCUCGUGUACACGAAAAAGAAACACCAGAAGCAAGGAGGAGAUGGUGGGAAACUGAUGGAAGUUUUGGUUGAAACACCCCUUUUACGACUCAAAUUUGAAGAUACAUCAAUCAUCACUUCUCAGUGCGCAUUUGUUUCAAAUGGUGAAACUAUUAUUGUUUUAGGGUUCCAUUCGGGUGAUAUCAUGAUUAUUAAGCCGCAGAUAUUGAAACUAAAGAGUUUUGACCUAAAGGUCACUAAAUCUGAAGCUUCUCUAGAAGCUGUUGGUGUUUCAGUGGUUGCUCUUGUGCAUCAUCCCAAAUAUGAAUUUUUGAUAAUUGCCGGCUACACAAAUGGAGAGGUUCUUAUCUUGAACCCCUUUGGUAUAGAGGACUUGACUCAAUACAGGAAAAGUAUUAAAGAAAAAAAUCCAAACGUUACUAUAUUCAGAAUGCACGACUUGAGUCCAAUUGGAGAUGCCAAGGAUGAUGUGAAACUACUUGCUCAUUUCAAGAUAAGUCAUAAGGCUAUUACUGCAAUUACUUCCACAAUGACCAUUGAAAAUGUACGUGACGCUGGUUUACAGCCUUUCCUACUAGCUAUUGCGUCUGCUGAUGGGUUUGUGAGGUUUAUUGAUUUGAUGUUCACUUUCCGUAUAGAAGAAAACAGGUCGAGUGGAACAACCUCAAUGGUAACCGAUAUUAUUUCAAACUACUUUAAUACAGGCAUCACGCAUAUUAUGUUUAGCCAUGACUACAAGUUCUUUUGCAUACUGGGAAGAGGAGAUUUAAUUGAAGUGUUUAAAAUGUCUUAUUAUGAUGUUGAUGGGCUUUUGCGAAAAAGCGAUAGGCAACAGGGAAGAUCCAGAAGCGGAACUAUCAAUAGCAGAACCUCUGGUGCCAAUGCAGCAGAAGGUCCGCCACGAGCACAAACACAACAACAACAAAACCAAUACCACAACCACCAUCAUCACCACAACCACAACCACUUCCUGUUCCCGCCUAUAAUCAAAUGCAUCGAAAUUGUAUGUCGUAUUAAAGGUCAUGCUAACAUUGUCAAUUCUGUUCAGUUUAUGAAGGAUAAUGGUGAUCUGCAGUCAACAUACAAAAUAGUUAGUUGUGGUGGUGACGGAAAGAUUUUCGUAUGGGAAUUCGACUACAAAGCAUUACCAAAGGUGAAAAAACAGCAGCAGCAGCAGCAGCAGCAACUACAACAACAACAACGGCAACAACAACAGACAAGUGUACACCCAACAUCACACAGAGCUCGAGAAAGCCGCAGGUCAAUGUGUGAAAGAAAAAGCAGCGUUCAAAUACUACUACAUAGUCCAAGUCCAGCCUCUAAUAUUCAGGGCAGAACAGCCCAACGUAGAAACAAGUCGGAGGACCCUAUUCAUAAAAAUCAAUCCUUGGCCACGCCGCUGCUAGUGAAAAAGAGCGCCAAUUUAGCGAGCAUUUUAAGCAAUGACGAAAAUUCAAAACAAGAAGAUGCGAUUGAAGUUGCCGCUUCUUUGUACAAGAAAUUGCAAGACAUAAGAAAUCGAAAGAAUGUGCAGAAAGUGUUUUUACAAUAUGGAACUAUUAUAUCACCCAUUGUAAACGACAAACUCGUUCCUUCGAUUGGAAUUCCUUUAGUCACGAUGGAUUUAUCCAGUAUAAUUCCAGAUGGCAAGAUUAAUAAUGUGAUGAUAGACAAUUGGUCAUUAUGGUGUUUUUGUAAAAACGGCGAUCUAUUUAAGUAUAAAAUUGUAUAA